AUACAUAAACAUAUAACUUAAGCACUAAUUCAUGAAUUUACAUGUUAUAUAUGUAUGAUGACGAAGUUCCAAUUCCAAGAAAGAUCAAAAACUACAAAGUUACCUCUUUUACUUCUGGCGGAGUCGUUGACGGAGAUUCACUCCGGCUCGUUCUUGCUGCGACGGUCGAAAACCACAGAAAAUUGUCGCAGGUGGGUCUGGUUAGUGUAAAAACCGAUAAAGGAGGGAUUUUGACAUUUUGUUUUGGAGGAGGAAGACGAGGAGAUUUCUUGAACCGAAUGUCCCGGUUUUUCUAA